AUGCCUCCAGAAGAGUUAAAUACUCAUAAACGUGCUUUCUUGGAGUCGUCUUUCCACGAAGACUCGCGAAAACGCACGCGUUUAACUGUAACUGACUCUGACCCUUCUAAUUUAAAUACUCUAAUUAUUGCUACCCCUCCUGCUACUAAUCCACUAAGUUACGAAACCAACAAUUAUUUCUAUCCUAAAGAAACUUUUACGCCAAUUCAAAACUAUACUUUGUUUCCACCUACUACUGACAGUAAUCCCUUUCUUACAGUUAAUGAAAAUUAUAAUGAUUUUCAACAACAAGACGCGAAUGAAAUUGAAUGCUUUAGUGAGGACAACGUCGAAGUUGUAGAUUUGUAUACUGAGAAAAAACGUCUUCAAGAACUAGAAGAUGCUCAACUGGCCAGAAAUUUACAACUUAUGUUUGAUAGUGAAUCUACUAAUGACGAACAACUGAGACGCGACGAAGAAUUAGCAAGACAACUGGCAGCCGAAAUAAAUGGAAAUGCUAAUGGUGCUUCUUUUUCGUCAGACGUUACGGCAUCGUCUUCUACAGCGACAACUUAUACGACGACCACUUCAGCAACGGCAUCGACGUCUGAUCCUGUGAUUCCAAUGUCUACGGAUAAUUCUUUCAUAGGUAAUCAACAAAACACUGAUUUCAGCUACUUCGAUAAUACCAAUCAUCAUUUUCAACAAUAUCAACCACCAUCACAACACCAUUCUUAUCUUCCGAACAUUUCCACUCUUGAAACAGAUUUAAGUUCAUUUUCCAUCUCCGAUAUUGAUCCAACACAGAAUCCACCGCAAGAAAUUACUGAUUUAACGCAGAAUGAUGUGGAACAAGUUUCUUUGGAUGCUGAUUGGAUGUUUAAUAGCCUCACAACUGGACUUCCACUCCCUCCUCUCUAUGCCGAAAUGCAUAAGUUAAAUGAAGAGACAACUUUAUCUCAAAACAUAGGAGCUACUUUGAAUAAAAUUGAUGUUGAAGGUGAAAUCGAAUUCGAGAACAAUAACAGAUUAGAAUUAUACGAAGGAAUUAUUCAAAAACCUCCAUCUACUAAAAAAAGUCAGGAAGAACGAUUUCGUGCCUUACUUGAAGACAUUAAUACCGAUUUAGACACGUUGACACCACAAGAUCGAACUGGCACACCAGACAAUCUAAUUCCGACCUUGAUGGAACAUCAAGUCAUUGGUCUCACGUGGUUGAUCAAAAAGGAAGAAAGCACAAAUCACGGAGGAAUUCUUGCUGAUGAUAUGGGGCUUGGAAAAACAAUUCAAUCACUUGCACUAAUUUUGGCACGUCCUUCCACCGUCAAUUUACGGAAACCAACCCUUGUCGUAACGCCAGUCUCGUUAAUGUAUCAAUGGGCUAAUGAAUUCGAGACAAAAACACGGGGACUAUCAGUCUUUGUGCAUCACAGCAAAAAUAAAAUUUCAUCCAGUCGACAAUGUCAAAAAUACGACGUAAUUAUCACGAGUUAUCAUACAAUCGCCGGUGAAUUCGAGGCACGAAUUGCUCCGAUUACUGGUGCAAAGUGGCACAGAAUAAUCCUCGAUGAAGCUCAGUCGAUAAAAAAUCAACGUACAAAAGCUGCAAAAGCUUGCUGCCAAUUGGAUGCUACUUACAGAUGGUGUCUAUCGGGAACUCCUAUUCAGAAUAAUAUCGAGGAACUCUAUUCUCUCAUCAAAUUCCUUCGAAUUGAGCCUUAUUGUGACUGGAAUGAAUUUCGCAAAGAUUUCGUAAAGUCAAACUCACAAAUUGUUGUAAUGAAACGCUUACAAGUCGUACUGAAAUCAAUCCUGUUGAGACGUAAUAAAAAUGCUAAAAUCAACGGCAAGCCAAUUAUAAUGCUUCCUGCACGCCAUGUCCAUCUCACAAACACUUAUUUCUCCCCGGAAGAGCGAGAAUUCUAUUACUCUUUGGAGAAAAGAAGUCGACUCACCUUCAAUCGAUUUUUGAAAGAGGGUUCUGUCAUGAAGAAUUACUCAAAUAUUCUUCAACUUUUACUGAGACUUCGCCAAGCGUGUUGUCAUCCAUUCCUCAUUCAAGAUCGCAAUGUUGUUGAAGGAGAAGACGGUGAAAACAAUAAAGAUACUUUUGAAACAAUCUUUGAAAAAAUGAAUCAAGAUGUUAUCAACCGAUUGAAAGACCAAGAUCUCGAGCAAAAAGAAUGUCCAAUUUGUUAUGAUUCCGCUGUUGAUCUUUCGAUUCUUGUGUUAUGCGGUCAUUCUUAUUGUCGUGAAUGUCUUCAUGGAUUAUUUGAAGUAGGGCCAGGAACAAAAUCAUGUCCUGAAUGUCGCGGAAAGUUUACGAUGACUGAAGUUUUACCUUACUCGCAACUCAAAAAGAAAUUGAAUAUCUCUUCUGACGACGAUUCCGACGAUUCGAAGAUUGAACGUACAAUAAAUCUUCUCAAAGAUUUCCGAAGAAAUUCACCCGGCGAUAAAACAAUAAUUUUCAGUCAAUUCACUAGAUUACUGGAUCUCGUGGAGUACACCUUAAGGGAUAAUGGAUUUAAAUUCACUCGCUAUGACGGGAAAUUGAAUACAAAUGAGCGCACUGAGGCUUUGAAAACUUUUGAAGAGCGUCAAGAUAUCAAUGUGAUUCUAGUCAGCUUAAAAUGUGGAGGUGUGGGUUUGAAUUUAACGACUGCCAAUCGCGUUAUUAUGUUGGAUCCUUGGUGGAAUCCGGCAAUGGAAAAUCAAGCAAUCGACAGAGUUCAUAGAAUUGGACAAGAGAAAGAUGUCGAAGUACACCGAAUUAUCAUUCCUAACACCAUCGAACAACGAAUUCUUGAUCUGCAAGACAAAAAACAACAAUUAGCGUCACAGGUAUUGGGCGAGGGUGGCUCAGCACAAAUCGGUCGUUUGGGACUUCAAGAUCUCAUGUACCUAUUCCGGGGAUAA